AGCAAAAUUACCGGCAGGACUCGCUCUCUCCGAGCAGGCAGCGGCGGUAUUUGUGCCGUUCCUGCCGGCUUUGUGCCCUGAAGCCCCGUCCCUCCUCUUCCUCCUCCUCCUCCUCCUCCCCCUCCUCCGCCGUAAAGCCUUAACGCGCCUCCGAGAAGCAUCCGAAAGCGCCGCAGCCGCUUUGCCCUAAACCACCCCCCGAAGCGACGACCGCAACAAACCCCGCUUUAUUUUUUUAUUACUUUUUUUUUUCCCCUCCUUCCUCCUCUUUUCUUCUCCUCCCUCCCUCCCCCGCAAACGCCCCAAGGUGGACGCGGAGCGCAAAAAGACCUUUGUUUUAAAAAUGCCCAUGGAGCUGACGCAAAGCCGCAUCCAGAAGAUUUGGCUUCCCAAUGACAACCGCCCGGCACUGCCCCGCCGCUCCUGUGGGCCGCAGCUUGCCAAUUCCCCCACCGUGAUAGUGAUGGUUGGCCUCCCAGCCCGCGGGAAGACCUACAUCUCCAAGAAGCUGACUCGCUACCUCAACUGGAUUGGUGUUCCAACAAAAGUUUUCAACGUGGGAGAGUAUCGCCGUGAAGCGGUGAAGCAUUAUAGCUCCUAUGACUUCUUCCGCCCCGACAACGAGGAGGCCAUGAAAGUCAGGAGGCAAUGUGCCCUGGCUGCCUUGAGGGAUGUCAAGCUGUACCUGACGGAGGAGGCUGGCCAGAUUGCGGUAUUUGAUGCCACCAAUACCACGCGGGAGAGGAGAGGGAUGAUCCUAAACUUUGCCAAAGAAAAUGGGUUCAAGGUGUUCUUCAUUGAAUCUGUCUGCAAUGAUCCCACGGUAGUUGCCAGCAAUGUUAUGGAAGUAAAAUUGUCCAGCCCUGACUACCGGGACUGUAAUUCGACCGAUGCCAUGGAGGACUUCAUGAAGAGGAUAAAUUGUUACCAAGCCAGCUACCAGCCGCUCGACCCUGAUGACUAUGACCGGGAGCUUUCUCUCAUCAAAGUCAUCGAUGUUGGCCGGCGAUUCCUGGUCAACAGGGUUCAGGAUCACAUCCAGAGCAGGAUCGUUUACUACCUGAUGAACAUUCAUGUCCAGCCCCGCACCAUUUAUCUCUGUCGGCACGGCGAGUGCGAGUCCAACCUCAAGGGGAAGAUUGGAGGUGACUCGGGCCUCUCCAACAGGGGCAAGAAGUUUGCACUGGCACUGAACAAGUUUGUUGAGGAGCAGAACCUGAAGGACCUCAAAGUCUGGACCAGCCAACUAAAGAGGACGAUCCAAACGGCAGAAGCUCUCCAACUGCCCUACGAGCAGUGGAAGGCACUCAAUGAAAUAGAUGCUGGUGUGUGUGAAGAAAUGUCGUAUGAAGAAAUCAGGGAGCAGCAUCCAGAGGAAUUUGCGUUACGUGAUCAAGAUAAAUAUUACUACCGCUAUCCUUCUGGGGAGUCCUACCAAGAUCUGGUGCAGCGCCUAGAGCCGGUCAUCAUGGAGCUGGAGAGACAAGAGAACGUCCUUGUGAUCUGUCACCAGGCUGUCAUGCGCUGUCUCCUGGCGUACUUCCUUGACAAGAGCGCAGAUGAAAUGCCCUACCUGAAAUGUCCCCUUCACACAGUGUUGAAGCUGACCCCGGUGGCCUAUGGCUGCCGGGUGGAGUCCAUCUCGCUGAACAUCGAAGCCGUUAACACCCACAGGGAACGGCCAGAGGAAGCAAAGAAGGGACCUAACCCGCUCAUGAGACGUAAUAGCGUUACCCCUCUAGCAAGCCCAGAGCCCACCAAAAAACCUCGCAUCAACAGCUUUGAGGAGCAUGUGGCUGUUUCUUCCGCCCUGCCAGGCUGUGUUCCUCAGGAAGUGCCCACGCAGCUACCGGGACAAAACAUGAACAACUCGCAGAAGCCGUUGUGACUCUGUUGGCGCUGUCGCAAGGCCACCAGCGACGUCACCGGCGACGCCAGCUUCCCAUCCCAUCACCAUUUCCGAAGCUUGCUUAUAAACCGGUCUCCUCCGUCUGCGGUGAGGUCGACCCUCGGCUGUUUCUACCCGCGCCCGUUCAUCUGCAAACCGCUCUGCUGAAGGGGGGAGAGAUGCAGGAGAGCGGAGGAGAGGAGCCAAGCUCCCCAGGGUCACCACCAGCUCUUUAGGCUGCAGCAUUUGCUCUCCUCUCUGGCGUCCUGUUAAAUCGUAGCAAGCUGUAAAGUGCUUCUAGCGCACAGGAGUUUAAUUUUCUUCUGUCAGUGGUUUUGAUCUCCUUUUGUAUAGACGAUUGGUACCCAUCCGUCUCUGGGUGGGGUGUAUAUAUGUGGAUGGUGCAGGGUUAGCAGAGAAAUAGGGGAAAGGGGUGGGGAG